GUGUGAAACAGCUUCAGUCGAUGCUUCAGCCCCGCGUCUUGUUCUUCGGACUCUCCAUUUUAAAAAUACCUCAAACCGUCUCAAGCGUCACAAUUUACCUGAAAAGCGACAAGUGAACUCUGGUGAAGUUUUUUGUCUCUCUCCUUCUGGUCAGCCGGUUUAUGUAACAGUAAUUGGCUGAAGUUUAGCUCUGUCCCAGGUUGUGACUGUGGUGUAUAACUUUUAUUUCUCACUGUGCCCAUUUGUGUGGAACAGAAACCUCGAUUGCAGACAGAAAAACUACUCAAGUUGUUACCAAUGGAGCCUCGACUAACAGAUAAUCUGAAUGUUGUGUUCAUCUUGAUCACCCUCCUCUGCACAGGGUCAAGUGAAAAUGACCUGUACUUGAACUUUUGUGGCACCUGGCUCCAUGGGGACGGCUCCCUGAGCCUGAACGUCGACCUGUCCACAGGCUGUAAUGGGAUCUCAGUCUCAGCCAAUAGGAGCUCUCUGUCCAUCAAUGGACAGAUCACAGCCCAGUGCAAGCGGUCUGAAGUUAUUUCCCUGGAGAAGUUUGGGCUUGAUUCAGAGGAGAAAAGUCACUUCUGUCUGUACUGGGAGCCGUUGCUGGACCAGUUGAAGCUGGAGAUCAGAGGAAAUAACCUUACUCUGUGCUGGCCUGCCAGCCUGCAGGGGUCCUGCUGCACUGAUCUGUCUCAUGGCGCAAAUACCCCCGAAGCACCAUACGGCAUCACCAAUGGAAUGAUCAAAAAUGACGUAAUCACCGACAAAGUACUGACAGCCUACACGUUCAAUGGAAGUUCCACCGACUGCAAAGCAUUAUGUGAUCAAGCAAACCAGGGACCCACCCAAGUCAACAUGAGUAAAGACACUGCGAGGUCCCAUCCCUGCGCUCACAGCACUGAGGUGGACAUGAAGGAGAAUUUCAGAGGCUACAACGUCAAAUCGCCUGCCCCUGAACGUGUAUCUGCAGAGUCUACUAUCACUGUCCAUAUCCCCCCCGCUCUAAAACAAGCUGCGAAAAAGACCAGCAAAGUCCUCUGCACGUUCUUCAAAAACAACUCCCUGUUCCAGGAGGGUCACAAGGAGUCCAGGGUUCUUGAUGAUGUGGUGGGAAUCACUGUGGAGAACGAGGUCAUCACUAAUCUGUCUGCGCCAGUGAAGAUUGACUUUCACCAUGAUGUCAUACCUAAAACGCAUCCAAGGAAAUGUGUUUCAUGGGACACCAGGAAAGAUCCACUGCAGGUCAGGUGGUUGGUGGACGGAUGUAAGACAAAACCGAAGGGAGAAAAACACACGGAGUGCCUCUGUAACCAUCUGACUUACUUCACUGUGCUAGUGCAAGUGGAGCCUCGCCCAGUGCGCCACCUCCUGGCUUUGACUGCUAUUACAUUUGUGGGCUGUGCUGUGUCGUUUUUCAGCUGUUUGGCUCUCAUUGUUUAUCUCUGCAGGAAGAGCAGGCGAUCGAAGGAGCAGUCCAUACCUAUCCACUUGGGCUUAGCUGUCUCUCUUGCCUUCCUCUAUCUGCUCUUCUUUUUUACUGGAGUCCUGGCCAAUACGGGAGGGGAGAGCGUGUGCCCCUGGGUGGGGGCGGGCCUCCACUAUAGCCUGCUCAGCUCCUUCACCUGGAUGGGCAUAGAAGUUUUCCACACCUUCUGGUUAGUCUGCAUGGUUUUCAGCCCCUCCCCAAAGCCCUAUGUAUGGAAUCCGGUCGGCUUCGUUCUCCCUGCUGUUCCUGUUGUCAUCCUGGCUGCAGUAGGUGACAUUUAUGGAGUGAGAGAGGUGGAGUCGAGUGAUGACAUGUCCAGUCCUUAUCUGAUGUGCUGGAUGAAAAAUACCAAAAAGGCCUUGCUGGCCCACUACUUCACCAGUGUGACAGCCCUGGUCAUCCUGGUAUCCUCUGGCGUUGUGAUGCUCAUCCUGGUCUAUAGGAAGAUCCGCAUCAGGGAUGAAUGGAGGCAGAAUCGUGUGGCUUUUCUCAGCAUCUGGGGCCUCAGCUGCCUGUUUGGGACAACUUGGAGUCUGGCCUUCCUGGACUUUGGGCCUCUCUCUGACGUUGUCCUCUUUCUCUUCUGCAUCCUCAACUCUUUUCAAGGCUUCCUGUUGAUGUUGCGGUUCUACAUGCUGGACUGGAUGCGGAAACAUGCUGGUGGCUCCAUUCUAGGCAGCACCAGCACUGGAUCUACCAGACAACACAUGCUACAGGCCCAGGAGAAGAGUUAGAUGGGCCUUUGAAAAGAAAACGUACAGUAGAGGGAAAAAAAAAACAAUGCUGCAGCAGUCAAGCUUUCUAUGUACAGUAUUUUAAAGUAAAUGUACCACCAUUGACUGCCACUCUAAAUUCACUGUUUGCUAAAUUGAAAUUAUGUCUGUCACAGCUGUAGAGUCAAGUUCAAAGUGACUCCAAAAACCAAUGAGCGAUCAUCAUAUCCUCACAGACCAAACGGACUUUCAGUCACUUACCUCUUGGUGCUGUUCAGACCCACUAAUUCAGUAUUACUGUCGAGGUAACGAUAAAAUUGGAGGUCAGCAUUUCUACCCCUAGAAAGUCUAUUAGCAGUCAUUGAUAUUUUUUUUUUGAGCUACAAAUGGCACUCAUGAGCAUAAAGCAAAUGGCUGUCAAUUAGCGAAAUAUUAACGCCUUGCUGGAAGUAUUUUAAUCAACUCCAUCCACUUUGUAGCCAAAACAGAUAACUUGAUUAUUUGAUUUUUCUUCUUUGGGACAGUGGAGAAACAACAACGUCAUCACUCAGGAACUCAUAAUACAGGCCUGGAGCCUAUAUUUGUACAAAACCUAGACUGGGUCUAGUUUUAGAAGGGAAAGAAUUUAUUUAAGAUUUUAAAUUGUAAGCUGGGGAUAAGUUUUAAUUCCAGAUAGGGAAACAUGGGGGAGUUAAAUGAUAUCAGGUUGCUGUGCUGUGAUUUCCUUUGUAUUAUUUGUAAAGAAAAAUUAUAUAUAUAUAUGUAUUAUUAUUGAAGCUCUCCUUGAACCUUAGAUAAGCUUUUUAGUUUUACUUUUGUACUGCGUAAGCUUUUGUUUUGGAUCUAAUGUUUUACCUCUUUUAAAGUAGCACUUUUUUAAAUUGACUUAUAGAGCCUCAAUGAGUCUUGUAUUGCUCUAUUGUGCAUAAUAACAAGAUUUAAUAUGCAUUAUGUAUGCAUUGUAAGAUAAUAGCUGCAUGUAUUUUUUUUUUUAUUAAACCAGACCGUAUUCAGACAUUCAGUCACAAUAAUUCACAUAAAAUGUAAUAAUGGUCAAGUAAUUAUCAAAAUGGACCAAAAUGCAGUAUUUAACUACUCUAAAUUUGGUUAAAACAUUUCUUUCAUCUCCAGUAAGUGAGUUUUUAGACUGUGAUAUUUGCACUUUUUUAUUUUCUAAAGUGAAAUUUUAUGUAAAUCAAAUUAUUGUGUAUAUUAGUUUUGUGGAUGUAUAAAAAGUGUUAAUAAAAACAUCUUUUGGUUACAAAGAAA